AUGGCAUUGGCAGACAACAGGCGCUCAGGGCGCACGCUCCCUGCAGGGGUGCGACAGUCCCGCACACGCCUGCCCACUGCCCGCUUUCCUGUGGGAGAGCUGCACCUGAUGCUUCAAGGGUCCCGAGUCCGCAGCUGCCCUCCGGCCCGGGGCCCCUGUGCGCCAGCCCUGGAUGGUGGCUCUGUGCCGGGGCAUAGAGGGAGGUGGGGGACGCACGAGGAGGACCAGGACAGAUGUCGGGUCGCCACGGCUAACCAACGUGUCCCCCCAGGGCCUUGGACAUGGCACGCGCGGCGCACCCCGGACAGAGGUCCUCGGUGGCUCGAGUGCAAGGGCGGCAAGACAGGUCUCCCCGUCGCCUUCCUGCAGGCCCCCGUGGACCUGGACACGUACCAGAGCUCCUACAUGGUCCACUACCAGCCCUACGGGAAGCACAGAUACUCCAGGGUCACCCCACAGGAGCAGGACAAGCUGGACGCCCAGCUCCGCUACAAAGAGUUCUACAGGCCUGUGGCCAGCCUCAACCCCAAGCUGGAGGACGGCUUCCCUGCCUUUGAAAGACCCCACAUGACCGCCAGGGACCUGGGCCUGCCCGGCUUCUUCCCCCCACAGGACUCUGCGGCCCGUGUGGAGUCCACGCCGCGCUGUGUACUGUUCAGCAUCUGCCCCUGGGUGUACCCGGCUUCCCCUGCCCUCUGCCUGGCCCAGGGCGACCCCAACAGGCUUCCCCAGGUGGCCCGCUUCCCGUGCCUCCUGGAGCUCCAACACCAGCCGGUGGCAGAGGAGGGCACGGGCUACCUUCUGCUGCCCGGCUGUCCCUGUCCCUGUCCUCCUCACCAAAUGCUCAAGGUCCCCGUCCUGUAUCGGUGGGGACCCCUCCUGCCAUUUUACCAGUAG